AUGAAGGCUGCGCUUUACUUUGAGAACGCGGACGGGUUCGGAGAGUGGCGAAUCCUCAUAUCUACGGAAGCCUACAAAAAUUUGCGUGAGUUACGUAAAUCAGAAAAGAAGACAUUCAAGAUCAUCGUCGGGAAGAUCAAACAACUAUCGAAUGGUUAUUUUUCAGAUGAUAAUCACAAGCGACUUAACGGACCAGAUGCAGGCAUACCCAUCUACGAUGCCAAGAUGACAAAGGACUUACGAUUAGUAUACCAGAUUGAUUGUGUCCCUGACCAGGAUGGAAAGGUACUAAUCAAGGUAUACGGCAUUUAUACGCAUGCACAACUUGGCAAAGUAUGGGAUGCCUUGGGUAACCAUCUCGCACGCAAGGGCAGAGAAUAUCGUAGAAGGUGUAUCUUUCGGAAUAGACCUGUCCUUUCUAAAGACAGCGCGAUUCUGCCUGCAUCAUUCCCAUCAGCUGAACCCGAGCCAGAAUGCUCAGGAAGUCCACUCAAUCUUAGUGAUAAGGACAUGGACCGAGUUGAGUACUUUCAGUUGUCAUUUGUACAGGCAUUGAUCCAUGGCACAGCUUCACUCUUUACUCGUCUUAUCGCAAACCAAGACGUACAGCACGUCUUUAUGCUCACACCUCAAGAGCAAAAGAUUGUCGAGUGUAUCACGUCAUGUUACGUCUUGGGUCGCAGCGGCACGGGAAAAACCACGACGAUGCUGUUCAAAAUUCUCGGUAUUCAGCGAGCUUGGGAGAUGAGUGCAGUCGACAUGCCGAAGCCACGCCAAAUCUUCGUCACCAAAUCCAGAGUGCUCGCUACGAAAGUGGAAGAGUAUUUCACGAAGCUUCUCGAAUCUCUGGCAUUGGCAGGCUAUACCCUGGAGGAACUUGCAAAAAUGAAGGCACGAAGUGUCCAGGAGGGCCUUGUUGAUCUCGACGACCUGCCCGAAUCACAGAUGAAUGUACCGAUGAGAUACAGCGGACUUGAGGAUAAGCACUUUCCUCUUUUUCUAACUUUCGAUCGAUUGGCGAAAAUGAUCGCGGCAGAUAUCUUGGACAAGACAGAUAGCGCAGGAGCUUUCUUCAAUGUUGACAAUGCUGACGCGCAUGACUGUUUCGUCACCUAUGACGUAUUCGCAAAUCAAUACUGGCCUCAUUUUCCACAGAAUCUCAGCAAGAACCUUAAUUCGUGGUUGGUUUUUAGCGAAUUCAUGGGGAUCAUCAAAGGCUCCGAACACGCACUAACCUGUCCUGAAGGAAUUCUCGAUCGCCCAGCCUACCUCCUUCUUUCUCAUCGUUCUAACCCAAAUUUUGCGAAUCAGAGGGAAAUUCUGUACGACAUGUUCGAGUAUUAUACGAAAAUGAAGAGGCAACGACGUCAUCAUGAUGUUGCAGACCGCACGCAUGCGAUACUCAAGGUCUUCCGGAGCAAGAAGUUCCCUGGUCAACAGAUCGAUUAUCUGUAUGUCGACGAAGCACAAGACAACCUUCUGAUCGACGCACUCUUUUUGAGGCAAUUAUGCAAGAAUCCAGAUGGUUUGUUCUGGGCUGGGGACACCGCACAGACAAUCUCUGCAGGGAGUUCCUUCAGGUUUAAUGAUCUGAAAGCGUUUCUCUAUCGUGUUGAGCAGCAAAAUAUUUCGGUCAAUUCCGCUGGAGCAGGUCUUCGUCAGCCUGCGAUGUUUCAAUUGGCGAUCAACUACAGAUCGCACGGUGGAAUCGUCAACUGCGCAAGUUCUGUGAUCGAACUCAUCACAAAGUUCUGGCCCAACACAAUCGAUAAUCUUCAGCCAGAAAAGGGGGUGGUUGACGGGCUGAAGCCUGUCUUUUUCACUGGUUGGGAUAAAGACACCGUUCGUUAUGAACAGUUCUUGUUUGGGGAGAGCGGUAGCCACAUUGAGUUCGGAGCCGGGCAAUGCAUUCUCGUGCGUGACGAUGCGGCGCGUCAGAAGUUACGAGACCAAGUUGGUCAAAUUGGACUAAUUAUGACGCUUUAUGAGAGCAAAGGCCUGGAAUUCAAUGAUGUGCUGCUAUACAACUUUUUCGAGGAUUCUGCUGUAGAUCUGUUGCGAUGGCGCAUAGUUCUCAGUGGGGUAGACGGUCAAGGAUAUGCACCGAACUUUGACGAGGCGCGACACGCUGGGGUUUGUAGCGAGCUCAAACUUCUUUAUGUGGGAAUCACUCGAGCAAGGAAGAACAUAUGGAUCAUUGACAAAUCUGAUAGAUCAGAGCCUAUGCGUAAAUUUUGGACGUCUCGCGACCAGAUCAAGAAUUGUACCCCCGGCACCGAUGUCCCUCAUCUAGCCGUCUCCUCGACUCCAGAAGAAUGGGCAUCCUUCGGGCGUUCACUAUUCUCGCACAAGCGCUACUCGCAGGCUGUUCACUGCUUCGAACGUGCUAACCUUCGUCAUGAGGUGAAGGUUUGUGAAGCAUAUCAACUGCGAGAUGUCGCACGUUCUAGUGUCGGAGUGGCCUCACUCAGCGACCAAAAAAGAGCUUUUAACGUGGCUGCCGAUGCCUUUACUGAUUGUGGGGCGACCGCGACAGGAAAUCAGAAGCUCCAAUAUUAUCGUAACUCGGCGGAUUGCUACGUUCGAGCAGGAGAUGAUCUUAAAGCUGCUAAGGCCUAUCUCAAUGCUCAAGAGUUCGAGCAAGCAGCGAAGAGAUAUCGCAAGGCUGGACGGUUUGACAAGACCCUCCAUGUUCUUGAUGACUAUGGUACGGAUAUACCUGAAGAGACCAAGACGGAGUUACGGACUGUGUGCAGACUAUUUUACUGCAGCAGGAACAACGCUCAGGUUCCCUUGUCCCUCUUCUCGACAUUUGAAGAGCAACUCGAAUUUCUGGAGGACUAUGAUCUCGAUUAUGCUCGUGCCUCACUGCUUGAAUCUCACUCGAUGUACUAUAAGGCCGCAGAGCUUCACUUGUCAGAGAACAGGCCCUUGGAAGCUGUUCGGGCAUUCAUCAAGGACGACAGCGAGGACGAUUCUACUAGCCGUGCGGCCGAUGCUAUAUUGGAAUACUUCUGGCGCCAAUGCUCCUUUAGAAUCACUGCAAAAUCCCUAGAGACGAACAAACUAAAGCUGGCCACGCGUGAUCUAGUACGUAUUAGCAGUCUCAAAGUAACUGCUGGACUGAUCGACAUCCAGAUAUCGAUGUUUCAAACCAUCUUGCGCGGAAAUCAUGAGCCGUUGAGAAAUCUUGCGCUUAACUUCGAUAAACAGGAUAACAAGCCAGCAGCUCUUCUUUGCCUGGACCAUAUAUUCUCUCGAACCACAGAUAUUCGAGCUUUCACGGUCGAUGAAAUGCAACGGUUCCUUCAACAAUUUCACGCCUAUGCGCGAUUGCUCUAUCUUAUUUUGACCUUCCCUGACCCUAUGGAGCAUAGCGGUAUUCAGAGACUAUUCUCCAUCGUGCGGUUGUCCGGUGAUGAGUUUCUCAUACCAGAUGGAACGUUCCUCCACAACAACUUAAUGGAAGACCGCCAGGGGAUCACUUGGGUAUCGGAACAUUCAUCCGGGUACACAGCUUCUCGUAGAGUCGUCACCCAGCUGCUACAACAAUCCAUUCGAACGAUCUUGAAAGACAAAAUAUCGGAGAUCGAUGAUAUGUGCUGCAAAUCUCCCGUCUUCUCGCAAUGCCUGCAAUUCUUGAUAUCCGUAUGUCGAAGAGAUAACUGUCCCCAAGAGCAUGUUGCAGCAUCGAAAUUGGAUCGCCAGUAUUACAACAAGCGUGUUGCCAUCCACAUCUGGCAGAUCCUGAUCUUGCAAUUCAUGUAUUCCGCUCACCCAUACAUUGAGCGACGCAAAACCAUGAGGCACUGGCUCAAGCAUCUUUACGAGGCUAUCAAUCCACCCUUCUUCGUUCAAGGUUCCCCCGCGGACCUUGACAUAAACCUGAUGCCUCUUCGUCUAGAGGGCAUGAAAGUGGUGAAGCUCUGGAUCCGCGAAUCCUUCUACUCGCUCGACCCAUUUCAUACCCAGGCCGGAUUUUUGACGGCGUUGAUGGGAAUAACCAGUCUAAGUUUUGCUUUUGACAGGAACGACGCACAUGUCUACAUCUCUCGAUCAAAGUGUGCGAUCUCCGGACCCUUAGAACUCUUUCGCAAGGAGGACAAUCGCUAUAUGGUUCGUGACCUGCUUAAUUCUUACCAAGGAGCUAUCUACAGUAGCAUCUCAUCGGGGAUUCUGUAUCUUCUGCAUGUUCUCGACAAUCGUGUGUGUGUCAACCUCUCGGUGUUGUGCGACUGUAUCGAGGACGUCUGCGGCGCUUUUGUAAUCAAGUACCGAAUGGACCCCGGCUUUAACAGGUUUCCCCUUCAUAACGCUGUCCUUCCAUGUAGCUGGCUACUGUUUCCCCACAAAUUCACCACGGAGAAAGAAACUAAGCUGUUUUUGAUGGGCAAGCUUCUGGAUGAAAUAGCGAGGCUGGUCGAAGCAUUGCGCGUAGAAGCCGGCAUGGGGUUCUCUGCCUUAGUACGUUUAUUGUCUCUUUUCAAAAACCCAUUCGCUGCUAAGUUGUAUUCAUUAGUUGCUCAUAACAUCAGGAAACCCUCCAUCGGAGUCAAAAUAUACAACAUCAUUUUUUCUCUGCACAAAAACAACCCUCCUUCGAAUUGGCGUUUAGCGAACUAUCGGAACCUUGUGGACGAUGUGGUCAGGUACAUGACACCCUUGCCAGGACGGCCGCCACUCUCAGACGCUUACCUGCGAGCUCUCCUGGCUUUCGACGAUAAUACAGGAGUGGGAAACCUGGUGCAUCUCGUCCACAAAAUGGACCAGCAUACCCGAGUCUAUACUAGUAUAGGUCGACGGCUCGUAUACGAGAAGACCAUGGAGAUCCCUCAUCUCCUUUCAUCGUACGCAGUGAUCGCACAGUCUACCCUGAGAGUAGAGGCCCCUGCCUUCGUACCUGGCGUAGGUCAUUGCAAGGAUCAACCAGAGGUCAUGCAGCAUGAUGAGAAAGAGAUAACGGAACCACAACCUCAAGAUUUCGAAGAAGAAGAACUUGAAGGGGAAGAGGAUGUCACGGCGAAUGCUAAUACCGAGACCCGUGAUGCGUCGGAGACUUUGGAUGAGGCGGCGACGUUGCUCGCACCUGAUCUUGACGAGUCGCUACGCACCAACGGACCAUCGGUGGAGGAGGAAGAGGCGGGUUGCAAAAUUCAGAAAGCAUACCGUCGUUACGUCAGACGCCGCUCGAGUCGUGCAGUUAACGCCGAAAUUGAUGCGAUGUUCAUGACAUGCCUGAAGGAGACGCAGUCCUCUGAAUGGCAUUCGGGUUAUUAUACCUUCCUUUUCCUUGGACCAUUGCCUCACCUCCUGGUGUGCUUGGAACGAGGCAUUGCUCUGACUCGCGCAGCCAAAGCGAAGACAAAAGGCCUUCUCAACAAGGAGUCUCAUGAAAAGCUUGAGGAGUUGGGCAAGCAGAGAAGCGAACUAGCAGCGCUCCUCAGGAAGGGAUUGAAAUUACGCAAACAACUGGAACCUUCCUCACCCGCUCAUCGUGACCGUGGCAUCGACGCACUGAAAUCUGGUGUUUUAGAGGUUGAUGAAUUCAUGCAGGGGGUUCCCGGCAACAUGAAAGAUAUGCAAUCCGACUUUCAAAUGGCCUAUAAGGGCAUUGUCGCGAAGAGGGUCCCCCCAGGAAAGGAGAAAGAAAGACCUGCUCUCAAUGUCGAGGAUAUGAACGAGUGUUGAUUUCAUUUAGGUUGUGGAGAGUCGAGACUGCCAUUUCGUCGGUAUAUCAUAUAUCAUAUUAUACAGUGCGUGUUUCCGUAAAUCGAUGCCUGUGUGCGCGAG